UAGACCCCAUACUGGUAAUUGACAUGAUAGUUUUCACAUCAACGUCUGUGUCCUGGAUUUUCUAAAAAGAAAAUUGACAUCAUCAUGAGUUCUGCUUCUAAACCACUCUGGAGGAUCUACGGUGUGAGUUCUCUUCACCUCAGCUGCGCACUCAGAAACAGCGCGUUUCUAAUGACUCCAGCAAAUCCGUGCCAUCUGACAUGUGUGUGAGGGAGGGUGGGAGUGUCUCCCCCUCCUCCAAGAGACCAAAUGCAAUCAGACAAUGUAUGCAUUCUGAGUAUGCUGAGCGCGCAGCGAGUGUGCGGGUCCUGUGCGCACGCGGCGUUAGGAGCCAGCUGCCCUUGUGAGGCUCUGGGACUGGACUCCGGACACCAUGCACACGGACGUGGUGCUGCUCGCCGCGCUGCUGGGGGUGCUCGGCGCGUCCUGCGCCCACAAGCCGACCAGAGGGCAGAAGCUGGAGCCGCAAAGACACAUCAGGACAUACCCUAAGGUGACCACACAGGCCUCAAAGGAACUGCAAGACUCACCCGUACUCCCGUUAGAUGCAGCCCCUCCUCUGAAUGACCCUCCACAGAGCCGGAUAACCCCAAAACCAGCAGCAUCUGUGCAGGUCAACCCCUCAUACAGAUCAAAACGUGAAUUGUCUUUAGCAGAAGGAUUCUAUGACAGGAUUGGCAGCACCGUCGUCAAGAGAAGCCCAGAUGUCACUAAAGUGUGGGGCAGAAAGUCAGAACAGCUGCUGAGGAUAGAUGACCAUGACUUCACAAUGCGACCAGGAUUUGGAGGACCUGCUGUUCCAGUUGGAGUGGAUGUUCAGGUUGAAAGCCUGGAUGCGAUUUCAGAAGUUGACAUGGACUUCACAAUGACUCUGUACUUGAGGCACUACUGGAAAGAUGAGCGCCUGUCUUUUAAAAGCAACACCAACCAGAGUAUGACUUUUGAUGGCCGCCUGGUGAAGAAGAUUUGGGUUCCGGACAUGUUCUUUGUUCACUCUAAGAAGUCCUUCACACAUGACACCACCAAGGACAACGUCAUGCUGAGAGUUUAUCCCGAUGGAAAGGUUCUCUACAGUCUCAGAGUAACCGUCACCGCCAUGUGCAGCAUGGACCUCAGCCGUUUUCCUCUCGACACCCAAACGUGCUCUUUGGAGAUUGAAAGCUAUGCCUACACAGAUGAUGAUUUAAUGUUGUACUGGAAGGAAGGGAACAGGUCCUUAAACACAGAUGAGAGGAUCUCUCUCUCCCAGUUUCUCAUUCAGGAGUUUCAUACAACCACAAAGCUUGCCUUCUACAGCAGCACAGGCUGGUACAACCGUCUGUACAUCAACUUCACUCUGCGGCGGCACAUCUUCUUCUUCCUGCUGCAGACGUACUUCCCUGCCACCCUCAUGGUCAUGCUGUCCUGGGUGUCAUUCUGGAUCGACCGCCGGGCCGUCCCAGCCAGAGUCCCGCUUGGCAUAACCACGGUGCUCACCAUGUCCACCAUCAUCACUGGAGUCAACGCCUCUAUGCCCAGAGUGUCCUACAUCAAAGCUGUGGACAUUUACCUCUGGGUCAGCUUCGUCUUUGUCUUCCUCUCGGUGAUAGAGUACGCUGCUGUCAACUACCUGUCCACUCUGCAGGAGCGGAAAGAGAGAAAAUUGCGUGAGAAGCUGCCGUGUACCUGUGGAAUGGCCCACCCCGGGUUGAUGUCCGCCAGCUACAGUGAGGUGGACGUCAACACCACCGGAAACUACGGCAUGCCAGAAGAGAACGGCGUCAGACGGGAAAGGAUUCUGGCUGAACUGGUAAUGGAGAACGACCAGGUGACCGGCCACGUCGGCUCUAGGGCCUACAGCGACGUCUGGAUCGACACGCACGCCAUAGACAAGUACUCCCGGGUCAUCUUCCCAGGAUCCUACAUCCUCUUUAACAUCAUCUACUGGACCAUCUACUCCUAAUGGAGAGGAAACGGAAACCAGGCAAACUGAAACGGUUCUUUUUGACAAAAGAGGAUCUGGUCCAAGCUUGGGUGAGAGGACUAAUGUGAAGCAGAGUUUUUUACACAGACCUGAUCCCAGCAGGAGCAAUGGAACAGCUUCAUUCCCAAUAACAGAAAACUCACAAAACAAAAAGAAACUCUGUUGUUUUUCACACAGUCCUCUUGUUGUCUGUCCAUUUCAUUUGGGACUCUCAACCAUUUUCUCAGGCUGUUUUUGACAAAAGCUUUAACUAAGGAUCAUCAAAUGUCACCAGAAAGCUUUUCUAUUGGCAGUAUCUGUGACAGAAAAGCCUGACUGGUCCUGGUAGACAGGUCACAAAACACAGAGUUGAUACCUGUAGACAUUUCAAGACCCUCUCUGAUGAAAACAGUGUUUUUGGUGUUUUUAACAUGUUCUUGUUGCAUUUUUCUGAUAACGAAGGACAUAUAUCAAGAAAAUUACAAUUAUAAUUGUACUUCUAUGUUUUUCUUCAUUCAAAUCAUUAAGAAAAAUGAGCAGAUGAAAAAAUGCUUUUAGUUGUGACGUAGAAAGUACAACCACCGGGCCACAAUCUCUCUGCUCUAUUCUAUUCUGAUCAUCCACUUGUAGAUCCAUGUACGUCUUUGUUUUCCUCGUCUCAGCUGGAAUCUGGAUCUAAACUGGACAGCUGGAUAGCUCUGAUAUUGCUCGCCUUUUUUGUUGCACCAGUACUGUUAGGUUGGGGUGUGAAGGACAGAGAGAAACAGAGAGCUCUCAGCAAUGGGAAGGGUAAGGCCGGACAGU